AUGCCUAGAAUACUACCAUUGCUUCUACUCAUCGCCACAACGUGCAAUGCGGCUCGUCCCCAAAUGUUCGAAGUGGAAUCCGCAGUUGAGUUUCAAAAAGAAGAAGAGGCAAUUUUGUUGGAAGAAAUGAGGAUGAUGCGGCAAACGCAGGCAAAGAAUGCUAAUGUCAAUGCUAAUGCUAAUGCUAAUGCUAAUGUCAAUGCUGUAACAACGCCAGAAGCCUUGAACCAUGCUGCCAUGGAACGAGAAGAGGCAGCAGCAGCAGUUGAAGGAGACAGCAAGGAAUCAUUAACAGAAACAGAGACUGUGUUACCUGUUGUGAAUCGGAACGAUGAUCCUCCCAAGCAACACCAGCAGCAACGACAACAUCAGACACUCCUUCGAGCCACCAGGGAAGCAUUUCAAAGAGAAGAACAAGAAGCAGAACAGCAGCAUACAGAAGGCACUACGCCAUCGCGGUCAAGGCGUCUCCGCACGGCCACCACCACUGGUCCACAACAACUUGAACAACAAAAGCAACAACAACGAACAAGACGAACCACCACGUACUUGGAAAAUCUGAAUCAAAAGACGCACAGCGUCGCCAUUCAAUCCUUUUAUCAAACGACGACCGAGGAACCCAAUCGACCGCUGCUCGAAUCCACUGGGAAACGACUCAACAAGGUCGCUCUCGAAAUGUUGUUUGAAGAAGAACUUUUGGAAGAAAUGCUGGAAAUUGCCCAAAGCAGCAUGGCGAGGUAG